AUGUCCCAAUCUUCCCGGAAAAAGCUUCUUUUGAUGGGCCGUUCGGGCUCCGGGAAAUCUUCCAUGCGUUCCAUCAUCUUCUCCAACUACUCGGCGUUUGACACUCGGCGUUUAGGCGCCACCAUCGAUGUGGAACAUUCCCACCUUCGGUUUUUGGGCAACAUGACAUUGAAUUUGUGGGAUUGCGGCGGGCAAGAUGUUUUCAUGGACAAUUACUUCACUUCCCAGAAAGACCACAUUUUCAAAAUGGUGCAGGUGCUCAUUCAUGUGUUUGAUGUGGAAUCAAAGUCCAUCAACAAGGACAUUGAGAUUUUCGUCCGGGCCCUCACCAAUCUCCAGAAGUUCAGCCCGGACGCCAAGAUCUUUGUGUUGCUACAUAAGAUGGACUUGGUGCAGAUCGACAAGCGCGAGGAGCUUUUCGCCAUCAUGAUGGAGAAGUUGCAGAAGAUCUCCAACCCGUUCCAGUUUAAACUCGUGGGCUUUUCCACAUCCAUCUGGGACGAAUCCUUGUACAAGGCCUGGUCGCUGAUUGUGUGCUCUUUGAUUCCCAACAUGAGCCUAUUCAACUCGAACUUGCUCAAGUUCAACCAGGUUCUCGAUGCCGAGGAAAUCAUCUUGUUUGAGAAGAGCACGUUUUUGGUCAUUUCGUCUACGGCGUCCAUCCAGAAACAGCUUCAGAAACAGCAUGCGAGCGAGUUGGCGGGCUCCACCGAGUCCUUGGAUCCCAAGCGUUUUGAGAAAAUAUCAAACAUCAUCAAAACUUACAAACAGUCGAUAUCCAAGCUCCGCACCAAUUUCCAGAACCUUGUCAUCAGAGGGUCGAACGGCUCCCACUUCUACAUCGACGUGCUCACCGACAAUCUUUUCAUCAUGAUUGUUCUCAAAGAUAAGUCUUCACAAGAAUCUUGCCAGACGACACGCGAAGACUUUGUGAUUUUGGACAAUAUCAAGGCGGCCCGGCGGUGGUUUGAGAAAAUUGAAAGCGGCAAGUAG